AUGGCCGCCCUGUACCAGAGCUCGGACCCGUCCGCCUCGGCCUCCCCCAACAAGCUGCUGGCGCUGAAGGACGUGAGGCAGGUGAAGGAGGAGACCACCCUGGACGAGAAGCUCUUCCUGCUGGCCUGCGACAAAGGUGACUAUUACAUGGUUAAGAAACUCUUGGAGCAGAACAGCUCAGGUGACAUGAACAUAAAUUGUGUGGAUGUGCUUGGGAGAAAUGCUAUAACCAUUACCAUUGAAAAUGAAAACUUGGACAUACUACAGCUUCUUUUGGAUUAUGGCUGUCAGUCUACAGAUGCACUUUUGGUGGCGAUUGACUCAGAAGUGGUGGGAGCUGUUGAUAUAUUACUUAAUCAUCGACCAAAACGAUCCUCAAGACCAACUAUUGUAAAACUUAUGGAGCGUAUUCAGAACCCAGAGUACUCAACAACUAUGGAUGUAGCACCUGUCAUUCUAGCUGCUCAUCGUAACAACUAUGAAAUCCUUACUAUGCUGUUAAAACAGGAUAUAUCUCUACCCAAACCUCAUGCUGUUGGCUGUGAAUGCACCUUGUGCACGGCAAAGAACAAAAAAGAUAGCCUACGGCACUCCAGAUUUCGUCUUGACAUCUAUCGUUGUUUGGCCAGUCCUGCCUUAAUAAUGUUGACAGAGGAGGAUCCAAUCCUGAGAGCUUUUGAACUUAGUGCAGACUUAAAAGAGCUAAGUCUUGUCGAAGUUGAAUUCAGAAAUGAUUAUGAGGAACUAGCCCAGCAAUGCAAAACCUUUGCUAAAGAUUUGCUUGCACAGGCACGGAACUCACGGGAACUGGAAGUUAUCCUAAACCAUACAGCUAGUGAUGAGCAUGUGGACAAACGAGGAUUGUUAGAAGAGAGGAUGAAUUUGAGUCGCCUAAAACUUGCUAUCAAGUAUAACCAAAAGGAGUUUGUUGCCCAGUCAAACUGCCAGCAGUUUCUCAACACUGUGUGGUUUGGACAGAUGGCAGGCUACCGACGCAAGCACACGUGUAAGAAGAUUUUGACUGUUUUGACAGUUGGCAUCUUUUGGCCAGUUCUGUCUCUCUGUUACUUAUUAGCCCCUAAAUCUCGAGUAGGUCGAAUAAUUCACACUCCUUUUAUGAAGUUUAUUAUUCAUGGAGCUUCAUAUUUCACGUUCCUGCUAUUACUUAACUUGUAUUCACUGGUCUACAAUGAGAAUAAGAAGAAUACAAUGGGGCCAGCACUUGAGAGAAUAGACUAUCUUCUGAUAAUAUGGCUUAUUGGAAUGGUGUGGUCAGAUGUCAAAAGACUUUGGUAUGAAGGCCUGGAAGACUUUUUAGAAGAAUCUCGUAAUCAGCUUAGUUUUGUCAUGAAUUCCCUCUAUUUGGCAACCUUUGCUCUCAAGGUAGUUGCUCAUAACAAGUUCCAUGAUUAUGCUGAUAGAAAGGACUGGGACGCAUUCCAUCCUACAUUGGUGGCAGAAGGUCUCUUUGCUUUUGCUAAUGUUCUUAGUUACCUUCGACUCUUCUUCAUGUAUACAACCAGUUCUAUCCUAGGACCACUUCAGAUUUCAAUGGGGCAGAUGUUGCAAGACUUUGGAAAAUUCCUAGGGAUGUUCCUUCUUGUCUUGUUCUCAUUCACGAUUGGAUUGACCCAACUGUAUGACAAAGGAUUUACUGUAAAUGAAGAGAAAGACUGUGCAGGGAUCUUCUGUGAACAGCAAAGCAAUGACACAUUCCAUUCGUUUAUUGGCACCUGCUUUGCUCUGUUCUGGUACAUAUUCUCCCUAGCACAUGUAGCAAUCUUUGUCACUAGAUUUAGAUACGGUGAAGAAUUGCAGUCUUUUGUGGGCGCUGUUAUUGUUGGUACCUACAACGUAGUGGUUGUGAUUGUCCUUACCAAGCUCUUAGUGGCAAUGCUUCAUAAAAGCUUUCAGCUGAUAGCAAAUCAUGAAGACAAAGAAUGGAAAUUUGCUCGUGCCAAGCUUUGGCUUAGCUACUUUGAUGAUAAAUGCACACUACCUCCACCUUUCAAUGUCAUUCCUUCUCCCAAGACUAUCUGCUAUCUCGUCAACAGCCUUAGUAAAUGGAUCAGCUCUCAUACUUCAACUGGCAAAGUCAAACGUCAGAAUAGCCUAAAGGAAUGGAGAAAUCUGAAGCAAAAGAGGGACGAGAAUUACCAAAAGGUGAUGUGUUGUUUAGUCCAUCGUUACUUAACCUCCAUGAGACAAAAGAUGCAAAGCACGGAUCAAGCAACUGUGGAAAAUCUCAAUGAACUCCGGCAAGAUUUAUCAAAAUUCCGAAAUGAAAUGAGGGAUCUGCUUGGCUUUCGGACAUCUAAAUAUGCUAUGUUUUAUCCAAGAAAUUAAGGUCCAGCUUUUAGAACAUGUCUAACUGUAGUUGAAAAUGUUGGCCUAAGUCUGUUGUUGCCAGACCAAUAGAAAAGCAAAUUUUUUGCGCAACCUUAAAUUUGAAAAUGUAUUUGCAUGAGUUUCAGCUAAGUUCAAAAGAUGUGGAAAUGAAUGCAAAAACUAUCAUUCUUUUAAAGCUCUUUAAGUGUGUAAUGUACAGUAUGUAAAAUAUGUAUAUAGCAUUUUACAAUAAAUGUUCCCCAAAAUACGGAUUUUGACAGGUCACAUUACAGCUAUCAGGCUUCAGGUCUUCAUAGCUGGCAUGUUGCAUUUAUUUCCCCUAUUUUUGCUGUUUUGUCCCUCUUGGUUACUGCUUUUUCAAGUUGUGGGAAAAGGUGGAGAUCUUAACAAUACUUAAAAAUAUACCUGGUGCUUUCGUAAUAGAAAUGUAACCAGUAUAUGAUUUAAAGUAGGUUGCAAUAGAAAGUUAAAGACUGCAUGACUCUGAAAAUGACAGUUUUUGUACAUGAUGCUGUUGACUGAAUAUUAAUAACUGUAAAACAUUGGGAAAUGAAAUUUGUGAUUUGUUCCCUGAAAAUUGCAGGGUAGUGGGGAUGCUGAAAUCUUGAACAUAGAGCCAAAGUAAACUAUCCAUCUCCCGAACUUUCAUGGAUCCAUUUAAAAUAGUUAUGUCCUCUCAAAAACAUGUGAAGAUUUUUCAUGAGUGUACAUUUGCAAUAUGCAACUCUUGAGAUCUGGGAAUUUUUUUAAAAAUUAGCCUCUUAAUUUUCAGUAGUGUUCAGAAACCUUGUGUAUCUGGAUUACACACAGUUGUUCUUUGGCAUAGGAAAACAUUUUUAAACAAGAAUUAGAUAUCGGUCUAGAGCAUGAAUGUCACUUGUUUGCAAGGCUAAAUAUUUCUUGUCCAUUAAAACAAAUGGAAAUAUUGUACAAUUAUUUCUGUGUAAGAACAUACACUAUGCCUGUACAUUGGAAGAUAUGCAGUUCAGAAGGCUCUGUUUUAGAGUAUGUAUACACCGCAGCUGUGAGUGUGUUUUCCAGCACAAUAGAACUCCUGGGGGAAUUCUGAGCCAAAAAAGUAUUAAAAAUUCUGCAACAAAAAAUUAAAAAUGUUGCACACAUUUUAAAAUUCUGCAAAUGUAUUUGUCAAAAUAACACUACAUAAUAACGCCAGUUUCAAUUAUUUUGGUAAUUUAUUUCAAAAUAUCUAUCAGCAGGUAUGUCGGUAACAAUACAGACAGACACACAAAUUCCCCCAGGAGUAGAAAGUUAAAGAAACCCCUGUGACAAUCCAGUUCCUGUUUCUCUGCCCCCUUCUGCCAACAGAGCCAAGUCCUGGGGGCCCCCCAGCCCAGAUACUCACACCUACUCCAACCCAGAGCGCAGCCGCAGGGCCCUCCUUAGCCCAGAGACAUCUGCCCCCUCUCUCCCUCCCCUCUGCCCCAGAGCCCAGCCGCACUCCCCCCAAUGCGCCCCUCUACCCCUCAGAACCCAGGAGAAACAGCCUGAUGCUCACUGCCAUCUCCUUCUCUCAGGGCAUGCAGGGAACUGAAGCUGCUGGGAGCCCUCUAGCCCCUCCCUCUCCCCCCAGCAGUGUCUUCUAUGUGUGAGCUGGGCUCUGCUGGGUCCAGCGGCCCCUCCUGGCAACCAGCAGCACAGCAGCCCAUUUCUGUGGGGGAAAGGAAAUUCUGCCUGCACACAACAUGAAUUUCUGCAAAAUUCUGCCGUGCGCAGUGGCACAGAAUUCCCCCAGGAGUAACAAUAGACAGACUUGCUAAAAGUAGCAGCGUAGCUGUGGGUAUCACAGGUUGUGACUUUUUCUAACCAUCCGAGUAUGUAUCUAGGGAGCCCAGGCAGGUUUGUACUCAGGCAGCUAGCCCAAGUUGCUGCCCACACUAUCCCACCUACACAGCUAUUUCUAGCACGCUAGCUUGAGCAGAGUUAGUGUGUGUCUGGCUACUUGUGUUGAGAAGCACCCUCCCAGCUGCAGUGUAGAUGUACCCUGUGAGAGAUUUUUUCAUAUCCUAUUUUAAAUUUAUCUUGAUAUUUUGUGUUCUUCCUGAAUUUACUGCUUCCAACUGUAAGGUGUUUGUAUCAGAAUUAUUAUUAAACAUCAUAAUUAUU